AUGCCACACCAACACAUCAAGCCGAAGCGGAAGCGCGCGACGCCGUUCCAGGCCACCCGGUUGGAGGAAGUGUUGCAGCAGACGCAUUUUCCGUCGACGGAGCUGCGACUUGAGCUUGCGCGGGAACUGGGCAUGACGCCGCGAACGGUGCAGAUCUGGUUCCAGAACCGGAGGCAGGCGCAUCGAGCGGAGCGGAAACGCAUGCCGUCGAUGAGGUCUGCGUCUGGCGGUGAUCAGGGCGGCACUAGUGGAGCUGGCGAGAGAGGCGGAAGUGCCUCGAUUGGUGGAUCAAGUGAUGGUCGAUCGGGCGACGAAGACGACUUGUUGUCGCAUGACGGCAAUUAG